AUGACGGUGCUAACCCUAUCUAAUGCACGUGUGGCGAACAUUCUGUCGGCGUGGAAAAAUACCCAAGAUCCUGGAGAGGGAUGUAAUGUGAUGUGCGGCCUUUUUGGCUCACUGACACCAAACACCCUCGAGAAUCAACGUGGGCAGGCGGUGAUGCAGUACCUUUUUUCCUCACCGACAGUUGUGUGCAACGUCGCGGUGCUCUUUUCUUUGGAAAGACUCUGUGUGAUUCACGAUGGCGUCUCCGUGGAAAUGCCACCGAACACGGAUACCUUUACGUACACGUCUAUUCGACUGGAUGACAACACUGGCGAGGAGCUGUCAUCCUUUCUCGCAGGAUCAACUGUUGGAUUGUGCCAGAAGGAAUUGACUAUUCAGGAAGGGGAGUUUGCGACUAAACUCAUCCAUUUGAUACGCAGUAUUGUUCCUGCAGAGCGGACGAUGGAGGUCGCCCCGUUGUUGGGCGAACUCCUCUUUGUCAAGGAUGAAUCAGCGGUGUCGUGUGUGGAGAAGGCAGCAGGACUCUGUAACGCCGUCUUCCGCCGCUUUGCACGUGGAUUAAUUGAAGAGGAGAUACAGAAGACGAGCCCUAAAACAUUGAGCUCGAUCCGAGAUGAGUUAAGCAAGAAACUUGAGAUGCCUAACACUGUGAAAGGGUUGGAAACGCUCGACACCUCGCAGUUUUCGAUCGCCUCUGGUCUAACAACAUGUGUGAUGCACCGCGGCACCUACAAGUCUUCGAUUCAGACUACUGAAGUGAGCACACAGCCCCUGCGAGGUGACGUCAUUGUUAUCCGAUACGGUGUCAAGAACUGUGGCUUCACCGCCUUUCUCGCUCGGACCCUCAUUGUGGAGGCCAACGCACCCCCGACUGCCAAAGAGGCGUAUAAAUUUGUCUACUCCAUUAGUGAGAAGGUGAUUGAACUGCUUCGGGUGGGGGCAAAGCUGAAUGAUGUUUACGAAGCGGCCAUGGAAUACGCGAGGACUACUAACGAAACACUGGCAGGCUACUUGCUCAAAUCAUUAGGGUUCUCAACUGGUUUGCUUGUGCUGGAAGCUCGUGGAAGCAUCUCUGAAAAGGGUAAGGCGGUUGUUGAAGAUGGUAUGACGUUUGUUGUGCGUGUGGUACUUGAGGGAGUAGUAGAUGGUUCAGGGGAGACGUUCGACGUGGAGUUGUCUGAUACUGUUACGGUCAACGGUGGUGGUGCCCAGCUCAACACAAAGACAUCUCGCAAGGUAGAGGAAAUUCUUUACGAGGGUGAUGCGCAGGAGGAGGCGUUUAAUAUUGCCACACGCGAUUUACACAAGAUCACCCGGCAGGGACAGAGCAGUGUGCCUCUUCUAUCAAGAGAAUCGGCGCGUGACGAGAAGUUGAGGUCUCUUUUGAGAGAACUGCACACCGAAUUAAUUGCCGCCGGAGGAAAGAAAGCGACAUCAACUGCAACAGAGGAACUACGUGUGUACGAAGUUGGACGUGUUUCAUAUGGUGAUGUGAUCCCCUACCCCAAGGAGAGCUCAUUUCCACCACAGGCACGAAAUGGCAUCUACGUGCAUGUUGACAAGGAAGUAGUUUUCUUUCCUGUCUGCAAUGGUGUAGCAGCUUUCCAUGCUGUUACCAUCAACAAGGUUGAUAUAAAGCCUGAAGGGGAAUACGUAACCUGUACGUUCACAUUUCAUUCUCUUCAAGAAGCGAAUGUUGCGUACCGCCUAAAUCGAACAAAGAUUUUCGUGAAGGAACUGAGCUAUCGUGCCCCACGGGAUGUCUUCACAGAGGUGAAGAUCGCCAUCCAGGGUAUUCACCAGCGGAUUAAAAACAGGGACACAGAGCGGCGUCGAGCUUCUGCAAGUGCGGGUGGCUCGAAACUCAGUGUCACACCUAAUCCUUUGCGUCUCCCACAAAUAAAAAUACGACCUACAGCAACAACUGGCCGGCAAAACAAGGACUGUAUUGGAAACCUGGAACUUCAUCAAAACGGCCUGCGUUUCUCUUAUAUUGGUGGAUCUCCGAUCGACCUGCUCUUCGAUAACAUGAAGCACGUGAUCUUUCAGCCAGCAGUGAACGCUAUCCGUGUUAUUUAUCACAUUACUUUGAAAAAGGGUAUUGAGAUUGCACGCAAAAACGUCGAUGAAGUUCAAUUUGUGGCAGAUGUUAUGGAGAGCAGUGAGGGAGUCACAGGAGCAAGGCGGUCGUACACGGAGGAGAUUGCCGCAGAGGAACGUGAACAGAUGCGUAUAAGUGAGACGAACAAACAGUUUAUGCGGUUUGCCCAGGCAGUGGAAAAGAUGAGCAAUAUGAAGACGCAGAUACCAGUGAGUAACUUUUCUUUUGAUGGUGUUCACGCCAAGGGAUUAACAACAUUUAAGGCGAACCGGGAAGUUCUCUGGGCAAUCUCUGAUCGACCACCGUUCACACAGCGUGUGGCUGACAUUGAGGUUGUGUCACUCGAGCGCGUUAUACCGGGUGGAUCCACGUUUGAUAUGUCGCUCAUCUUCAAAGACUACAGCAAGCCCGCGGUGACAAUCACAACCAUUCCGCGCAGCAGUCUGGAGGCGAUAAAGGACUGGUGCCUCGCCGCCCGUCUGUACUACAUGGAGACAACCGUCAACCCCAACUGGAAGGUUGUGCUGAAGACAAUCCUGGACGACGCGGAGUGGGACCCGUGGCGGCCGGGGGCCGGCUGGGCGGUGCUCAACAACGACAAUGACGGCGACGAAGAGGAGGAGGGUGACGAGGAGACGGACUCCGACGACUCCACCUACAACGAAGAAGAGGAUGAGGAAACGGACGAAACCGGCAGCUCCUUCCUCGAAGAUGACGAGGAGAGCGAACCCGAUAACAGCGAUGGCGACGACGACGAGAGCGCACUGAGCUGGGACGAGAUGGAGCGGCGCGCGGAGGCACACGACCGCAAGCGUGGCUACGAGUCGGACGACGACGACGAGCGGCCACGCAAGAAGCCCCAUGUGGCGAACACAGCACGGGCCGCACCGCUCCCGACGAGGGGCAAGGCGCCACGUAUGCCAAAUCCUGGCAGCGCAGUUCCACCGCCGCGCAGAUUUUAA